AUGUCACGACAAGAGGAGCCUAUUACCCUGACAAGGCUAUGGCAACUCCGCAACACUACUAAGGAAGGCUUGGACAAAGCCGUCGCCAAGAUCGAGGAACUUAUGAAACAAGAACUCGGAUCAUUAGUUGACGAGCGUAGGUUCAGGAGAAGGGAACCCGUCGAGCAAGUCGAACGAGACGAGUUUGGUCGAAGAAAAUGGCCAGAAGAACGUGUCCCGAUAAAUCUCGAACCAAUCCCCGGCUUUAACCUUCGCGCCUCAGUUGUAGGCCAUCAAGGCGCAUAUGUAAAGCAUAUUCAACAGGAAACCCGUUGCCGGGUUCAGAUCAAAGGCCGUGGCUCAGGGUUUAUGGAAAACGGAACUAAUCGAGAAAGCGACGAGGCCAUGUAUCUCCAUGUUACCGGUCCUGAUCCAAAAGAAGUGCAGCAUGCUAAAGAGCUUUGCGAGGAUCUGGUUAAAAGUGUCACCGAUCAAUAUGAACAAUAUAAAGCAAAUCCAACCCCACCUAGGUACGGUAAUUAUGGGACUGGUCACGGAGGUGGUGGUGGUGGUCAUCACAAUCAUCAUAACCACCAAGGCCAGCAACACCAUUAUGGACAACAUCAUAACUACGGAUCCCAUAUGCAACAGUCGCCCCCGCCUCCGCCCCCGCCUGGCCCAAGCAGCGACACACCACCCCCCCCUCCUCCGCCUCCUGGGGAUCCAUCUUCUCCACAAGUUGCAGCCGCAACCCCGGUAACCGCUCCUUCAACAACAGACUACAGUGCACAAGCGCAGCAAUAUAAUCCGUACGCCGCUUAUGGGCAAGCAGACCCAUAUGCUGCUUACGGUGGCUACCAAGCGUAUGCUGCCUAUUAUGCACAAUAUUACGCUGCCGCGCAGCAGCAGCAGCAGCAGCAGCAAGGUCUUGUCCAGGCGCCUGGUUCCGCCGGCGCUCCGGGGACCCAAUCAAACCUACCACCACCACCACCGGGCUCGAACUAUAAUGCGGUUAAACCACCCCCUGGAUUGUAA